GCAACAGCUUGUUUUCAAAUCACAUCACACAGAACUUUUUCACCAAAAGUAAAUUUCCAAUUCUAAUACUCUUAUACAUUACACAAAGGAACACAGCUGAGCCUUAAUACUGAAGAAUAUUUAGAGAAUGACAGAGAUAAACACUCGAAAUUCGCAAGUUUUUUUAUUUGGGAUUUUAUACUGUCUUUUCAUAAUACCUGAAGCGGGAAGCGUACCGAUAGCAAGAACGACGGUCGAUUUUAAUAGGUACUUAAUGUCAAAUUUUGGACUGACAGAGGACUUUUCUCAGUUAGAGCUCAACGCGAAAAGAAAUUCUGGAAGUGUUCUGACUACGAUAUCCGGCAAACAGGAAGCAGAGGUAACCCUUAACAUGACUGAACUGGUAAGAGCACCGGAAGCAAGACCCACAGACGAUUUUAAUUGGAACUUAAUGUCAUAUUUUGGACGAACAGAGGACGGUUCACAGUUAGAGCUCGAACAGAAUAAAACAGAUCUGUUUUUGAAUGCAGAUAAGAGCACGCUCAGGGCGAACAGAAUGCAGACUACGAUGUCAAGCAAACAGAAAACAGAGGCUAAAGGAGGUGAGGAUGAAUACGGGCGCUUGGAAUAUAAUCCAUGGGCUAUAACAUUCGGCAAUCAACUAAUGGACGCCGGACACACCAAGGAGCGCAAGGAAAGCAAACGAGUCAGCGUUGCCUCAAAUCCAGUAAAGAAUUAUAAUCCCAACAUAAAGAUGAGCACUGUUUGCACCGGUACCACUAUUCCAUAUGGGGAGCACAAGGUGAUGAAUUGGCUUGAUCGGCAUGUACAUAAGCACGAGCAUUCGAAUCGUGCAUUCUACAUGGAACUGCGCCACGAUCUGUUUAUCAAGGCAAACUCGGAGAUGUGCCAUGACAAAAAGUAUGUAAAAUGGAUGGAUUAUCAGGAAUGCUCACUGCGUCGCCAUCAACGUUUGGAGUCCUAUAUACCACAAUAUCCAUUGCAUCAAAUCAUCAGAGAUUAGUAAGAUUAGUAGAAGGCAUUUUAUAAUUAAGUCUUUCAUCUUGAAUUGUGAUUUAUAAGUUCGAAUGCAUAAUUGAACAGUAA